GAAGGAGCGCUCCCGCCCGACCGCCCACCCCCCAAUUUCUUUGGGGUGGGGGGGGGCCGUGUCCCCCAGGAUGUAUUCUCAAGGACGGCAUGCCUCCGGGCAGCCUUUUAAAUUCUCAGUGUUGGAGAUUUGUGACCGAAUUAAGGAAGAAUUCCAGUUCCUCCAGGCUCAGUAUCACAGCCUGAAGUUGGAAUGUGAGAAAUUAGCAACCGAAAAAACAGAGAUGCAGAGGCAUUAUGUUAUGUAUUACGAGAUGUCCUAUGGCCUGAAUAUUGAAAUGCACAAACAGGCUGAGAUUGUCAAGCGGCUGACUGCGAUCUGUGCCCAGAUUACCCCGUUUCUCACACAAGAGCAUCAACAGCAGGUCUUGCAAGCCAUGGACCGGGCCAAACUGGUGACCAUGGGCGAGCUGAACAACAUCAUUGGGAGCAAUUCUGCGUCUCCUCCAGAGAGCAUCCAAGGCGAAGAACGGAGCGAAGGCAGCGGGGUGAAGGCCAAGCUACAGGACAAGGAGGAGGUAGGGCGUUAUGAGAGCGACGGAGAGAAAAGCGACUGCAACCUGAUUGUGGACGAGGAACGUGGGAGUGUUUGCAUUCUCCCUACCUCCGUAGAAAACGUGAUUGAGUAUUUGCAGCUGGUUUUUUUCCUGCCUUUGUGCCAAUUGGUGCCCCCACCAAUACCCACCGUGGGCAGCUUCUGGAAAAUGCCUGGCUUGGGAUCAAAGCCGCAUGCGUCUCACCUAAACCCAAAGACGGACGACCUUCCCUCUGAGCAUGGGAGCCCACGGUGCGCCUCUGCUGCCCUACAGCCCAGCCAAAGGGGCUUUACGAACAGCCCAGCCUCACUGGCAUCCAGCCACAGCCCCACAGCUCUUAAAGGCAAGGACCCAAAUUUGAAUGAAACCCAUCCAGCUCCUUGCAAAUCAGCCAGCUUGUCUCCGGUUUCCGAAAUACUCACUCCCCGACCCGGCCCGAGUUACGUGCCUCAGAUUGCAAAACCAUCCACCACCGAUGUUAUCACCUUGCGGAGUCCACUCAAUUCUUUCACCAGCCAUUUUGGUUCGUCCUUUGGGGUGAUACCUCACCCUACCCUCAAUGGGGAAUUGGCUGCACCGAGUUCCUACAUCAGUAUCCAUCUUUCUGCAGGCCCCGGAAUCUACGGACGAUCUCCCCUGGUGGCUUUUGAAUCUCACCCACAUUUGCGGGGAUCGCCCCCCUCAGCCUCCCUCCCGGCUAUUUCCGGCAGCAAGCCGGCCUAUUCCUUCCACGUAAGCGCUGACGGGCAGAUGCAGCCGGUGCCCUUCCCUCCCGACGCCCUGAUCGGCUCCGGCAUCCCACGCCACGCCCGCCAGCUCCACACGCUCUCCCACGGCGAGGUGGUCUGUGCCGUCACCAUCAGCAAUUCCACCCAGCACGUCUACACGGGGGGCAAAGGCUGCGUCAAGGUCUGGGAUGUGGCGCAGCCGGGCACCAAGACCCCCGUGGCCCAGCUGGACUGCCUGAACCGAGACAACUACAUCCGAUCCUGCAAGCUUCUUCCUGACAGCCGCAGCCUCAUCGUUGGGGGCGAGGCCAGCACCUUGUCCAUCUGGGACCUGGCGGCCCCCACGCCCCGGAUCAAGGCCGAGCUGACCUCCUCCGCCCCGGCAUGCUACGCCCUGGCCAUCAGCCCUGACGCCAAAGUCUGCUUCUCCUGCUGUAGCGACGGUAACAUCGUGGUCUGGGAUCUGCAGAACCAAACCAUGGUUAGACAGUUCCAGGGUCACACAGAUGGGGCCAGUUGCAUUGAUAUCUCCAAUUAUGGCACUAAACUUUGGACCGGCGGUUUGGACAACACCGUCCGGUGCUGGGACCUCCGUGAAGGCCGGCAGCUGCAGCAACACGACUUCAACUCCCAGAUCUUCUCCCUGGGCUACUGCCCCACGGGAGAGUGGCUGGCCGUGGGGAUGGAGAGCAGCAACGUGGAAAUCCUCCACGUGACGAAAUCGGAGAAGUACCAGCUGCACCUUCACGAGAGCUGCGUCCUCUCCCUGAAGUUCGCUUCCUGUGGCAAAUGGUUUAUCAGCACUGGCAAAGAUAAUCUGCUUAAUGCGUGGCGGGCUCCCUACGGGGCCAGCAUCUUUCAGUCCAAAGAAUCUUCCUCAGUCCUGAGCUGUGACAUCUCGGCUAACGACAAGUUUAUCGUGACUGGAUCGGGAGACAAGAAAGCCACCGUUUACGAACUGGUUUACUGAGCUACGUUCCUCACUUUGGACGGCUAGGAGGUCCCAACGCUGGGAAAAAUGGAUUCAUUCCCUCAUCACUGGCUUCGGAAACGGCCAUUUGCGCUUCCAACCCUCCUUGGUGGACAUGAGGACUAGAAACUUGAGAGCUGAGAGUCUCAGGAAGAUUAUUUUUCUCCCCUCAAGAAGCAGCGGGGGUGGGGGGUUUCUAUCAGAUCCCCGAUGGAACCAAA